AUGUCACGUCGCGGUGUCGUCGAGCCCACCAGUGCGCCAUCGUCUCGCUUCGACCAGAUGGACGGCCUGAUCAUCGUCGGCCGCAGUGGACAGCCCAUUGUGCUGUCACGCUUUCGCAAUCCGCAUCCAGCAUAUCCCUUGGUGCAUGUGGACCAUCUGCGCGAUGUGGUCAUGGCGAGCCAGAUGAAACAGGACGCUGGUCUGACGUCCUCGAGCUCUGCGACAUCGGAACGCGAUAUUCCCCCUGUCCUGGCUGUCCCCGCCGCGGCCAGUCUCGAGAUGGUAGAUGAGGAGGAAGAAGACGAAGAAGAGACAGAAUCUAGUACUGAUAGCGAUGGCAGCAUCUCCGGAGCGACACCCAUACCUUCAAUGCCAGAUGAAGCGAAUGCCUGGUCCGAAGGUGUCGACACGACAUCGAACAAACAGAGCGCUCCUCCCCCUCGUCAAGAGGACAUAACACCGUUGGAGGGCGGGUCUGUUCUCUGCCAUAUCAAGGUCGGCGAAUUGCGAUUCUUGUGCCCUGUAUCGCGUGAGAUUGACCCUUUGAUUCCAUUGGCGUUCUUGCACAAAGUGGUCGAAGUAUUGCAAGAGUACUUGGUGGGAUCCACAGACCCUACUUUGCUCACGGAGGAUCUUCUCUGUGAUCAUUUUGAUGUGGUGUACCAGCUUCUAGAAGAAAUGCUGGAUGGGGAAGGCAACGUAUUGCUCACCGAGAUCAAUUCACUAAAAGAUAUUGUGCUUCCACCUAGCUGGCUCGAUAAACUUGUGAAGACAGUUGGCCUCAACAGCGCAUCAGAACGUUCCCGAACAACAUUGGCAUCCCCCUUACCAUGGCGCCGACCUAAUAGCAAGUAUGCCAAGAACGAGGUGUAUCUCGACCUUGUGGAAACUGUCGAUGGGAUCGUACAGAGUGAUGGUACCCCACUUGCUCUCGAUGUAUGGGGCCGCUUGGAAUGCUCUGCUCACUUGACAGGCAUGCCAGAACUCGUGGUCUCUUUCAAUGCUCCCAGCAUGAUUGAAAACGCUGCAUGGCACCCGUGCAUACGUCAGCGGACUUGGAGUGAGAAACAGAAGCUGUGCUUCAUUCCACCAGAUGGCACCUCCGAGCUAGGCACAUUUCACAUCCGUUCCACAACAUCUGGCGCUAUGGGCCGCUCGGCGCUGGCAGAGAAAAACAAGGCGCUUCCAAUUGCUGUGGUAGUGGAGCUGGGUGACUACACGGCAUCCCAAGGCGGCCUGCCCUUUGAGAUCCAAGUGGAGCCGUCCUUAGCGCAGUCCAAUACGCUUGAACACGUAUGCAUUGAAUGGCUCUUGGGUGAUGGCGUUCACGGCGUAGAUGCAGCGCCCCAGAUUCAAGGCAUAGCCAGCAAACUUGCCUCUUCGUCCGAUAUCGGUACGAUUCCCAACAUGGCACAGGCAGCUGGCUCGAUGGUCUUUGACCGAAAACGGCAAUUGCUUCGUUGGAGCAUCCCUUCCUUAUCCCCAACAACGAUGGCCGUACUACAAGGAACCAUCAUGUCUACGGGCCCUUCGAGACCAUCGUAUGCUGUUCAAGUACAGUUCUCUAUGGCCGGCUACUCACUCACGGGGCUUCGCACGAGCUCCAUUCAGCUCCAGCAAGAAGACUACGUGCCGAACAAGGGGGCCCGUACGUUGUUGAUGGGCCAACUGGAAUUCCGCCGCCUCCUAACUUAG